CCCGCUGUGGGGGGUGGGGCGGAGGAGGAGGAGGAGGAGGAGGAGGAGCGGGGGUCACUUACCACAUCGCAUGUGACGCCCUCGUACCAGUCCGGACAGCGGCAGUGGAAUCUGCCCAACGCGUCUGCCUGGCACGUUGCUCCGUUCCGACAGGGCUGCAGAUGGCACGGGUCCGGGUGCUCGCAGUUCACGCCUGAAAGACAACAAAAGGUACCACUCAGAUCAGCCGCUCUUUCCGCCGGCCCCGAGCUCGAGUCCCGCUGCCGCGAGGCCGCAACAGGUGCCGGGCGCUGCUGCGGGACAUUGGUUGGGGUGUUUCGGUCGACGCGACUCGACUCGACGCCGCCGGGAGCAGGCCGAGCUCGCCUCUGCCUCUCGCCGGGCCUUCCCUCCGCCCACAGCCUUCGGCGGGACUCGAGCCUGGCGCCCAUGAUUGGCCGCCUCAUUGCACGCACCAACUCCACCCACCAGGUCCAGAAACUUCCAUUUCCUUUUGCAAAUCCCCCGUUUGAGCCCGCCCGCUCCCCUCUUUGUCGAGCCGGACUCGAGCCCACGCCUCAUGACGACCCUAACAACCGCCGGUAG